AUGGGUUGGAAUGGACAUGAUGCCCGGAAGAUGGUGCCUCUUCAGCGCCCUCAAGGGAGCCCUCAGGCCAGGGAGGGCGUGGGUAUUAAUAGACCACACCGGUCCCCGAUGCGCAACCUCGGAGCGAUCGACAAGAAAAUCAUGGCUUUCUUCGCUUUUGCUGCGGUGCUCUGGCUUAUUGCUCCCUCGCUACAGGCAGUCUUGCCAGCAAGACAUGCCACCUCCAACAGCAGCAGCUCAUUUGGUCCUCUGAAGUUUCGAGAAGAUGGCACCUUCCAAAUAUCCAUCUUUGAGGACCUCCAUUUUGGUGAAAACGCCUGGGAUUCUUGGGGCCCUCAACAAGAUAUCAACACUGUCAAGGUCAUAAAUCAGAUUCUGGACAAGGAGUCUCCGCAACUAGUCGUGCUCAACGGCGACCUGAUCACCGGCGAGAACACCUUCAAGGAGAACAGCACGACAUACGUGGACCAGAUCGCCGGCCCUCUCGUCAAGCGCAACCUGACCUGGGCGUCCACAUAUGGCAAUCACGACAACGACUACAACAUCACGGGCGAAAGCAUCCUCGAGCGCGAAAGACUAUGGCCCAACUCGCGCACCAGGAGCAUGGUGCCGGGACCCGACGCCGGCGUCACCAACUACUACCUCCCGGUGUACCCUGCCAACUGCAACCCCCAAGCGACAGCGACAGCGACAGCAGAACCGUGCGCCCCGGAGCUGAUCCUCUGGUUCUUCGACAGCCGCGGCGGCCACCGCUACCAGGAGCCCGGCGCCGACGGCAGCGGGAUGGGCCUGCCGAACUGGGUGGACACGAGCGUGGUCAACUGGUUCCAGCAGACAAACGCGGAGCUCGUCAACCGCCACGGGGGCAAGGUGAUCCCCUCGCUGGCGUUCGUGCACAUCCCCACCAACGCGUCGCAGGCGCUGCAGACCGUUGCCGGGGUGGACCCCAGCCGCCAGCCGGGCAUCAACGACGACUACCCGCUGGCGGCGCAGGGCCAGGGCUGGUGUGCGGAUGGGGCUGAUGAUGGGACGUGUGAGUAUGGGGGCCAGGAUGUCCCGUUCAUGCAGGCUAUCACGACGACCAAGGGGCUCAUGGGGGUGUUUUCUGGGCAUGACCACGGCGACACGUGGUGCUACAAGUGGGAAGGCGUAGUGCCCGGCAUGACCGUUGCCGGCAGCGGACUGAACCUGUGUUUCGGGCAGCACACGGGGUACGGCGGGUACGGCAACUGGAUCAGAGGCUCGAGGCAGAUCAUGGUGUCUCGGGAGCAGCUCAAGGACCUGGUUGUCGACACUUGGAUCCGGACUGAGGCCGGGACGGUGGUUGGGUCCGCAUCCCUCAAUUCGACUUACGGGACGGACUUGUACCCUGUGACGCCGAAUAACAAGACGUAUUGUCCUACUUGUGACUAUUCAUGA